AUGACGAAUUUGAAUAAUCGAGAAAAAUCCAAAUUGAUUGCAAACAUUUGGAAUUCUCAAUCUUCUGAAGUAAAACAAUUUUUUCAAAUAUUAAGUAUGGCAGCUAAUGUUAAACAUAAAUUAACGUAUCCUAAUUAUGUUUAUAAACCAGUUUGGCACAAUAAUCUAAAUACUAAUAUAAAUCAUGCUGAUGAUGAUGGCGAAUCAAUUGAGGUCUCAGUUUUGGAAAGCAUGGCAAAAAAUAUUAUGAAACUGGAAUGUCCAAAAGUUGCUUUUGCUUGGAACUGUUUACAUGAACGUGACAAUGAAUUAAACAAACAUCUGGACGAAGAUCAAAAGGUUGUAGUAAACGAUGUUGGUGUCAAUAUUGAUGAUAAAGCAAAUAUGAUACAUAUAGAUUUAUCUGGAAAUUAUUAUAAGACUCCUGAACCUAUAGAACAAAUUUCUCUGGGUUCUUUAAAUUCUUCUGGUUCCAAUGAUGAUGAUGAAGCAAUAGUUAAUAAGUUAAAUAAAUAUGAUUAUCUUACCGGACUGAGAAAGUAG